AAUUGUAGCAACGUUUUGAUGCAAAGGGGGCUACUGCAAGGCGAUAACAUCUUCCUGUCGCAUCUAGACUCGACCCUGAGCUUCACAAAAUCCGGGAGCAUGAAGAGAUACUUUCGAGUUUGGAAAAUGCUGGAGCUCUGCUACCAGCUUCUUACGCUUGGCAAGAAAGCUACACAGCGGGAGAUUUUCUACAGGCUUCUUUGCGACGCAUCCGAGUACUUCCAGUGCCAGGAGCAAGUUAACAAAACCAUCCGAGGCAGAGUUUAGUUUUUCUUAGCUGCUGGAGAUGGCUGAAGCGAGAAAGCGAAAACUAUGCACGCAGAUGUGGUGGGAAUCCUGAAAUGCAGCCGCUACAGCCUGGGAAUCCUCGCGUCAGCUAGAGGAGCUAUCGUUGGUCGACUUGUCAUUCAGGAACUCAACAGGGAACCUGUCGACUGCACGAAGAUUGGCAUCAAUGGCUACAUAAUCGAUGGCGACUUGGAGCUGCUGCAGAACUUGACGCUUACAUCCGAUGCUCGAUACAUUCUCGUGAUUGAGAAGGAUGCCGUGUUCCAGCGGCUUUCAGAGGACCGAUUCUUUCAGACCAUCCCAAGCAUACUGAUCACGGCAAAAGGAUACCCCGACCUUGCAUCAAGGGUCAUGCUUCACAAGCUCCACAGAAGCUUCCCACUUCUGCCUAUACUCGCACUGGUCGACUGGAAUCCUUGCGGCCUGGGAAUUAUUUGCACAUACAAGUUUGGAAGCGUGGGAAUGGGACUCGAAGCUCCUCAUUACGUGUGCGACGUCAAGUGGCUGGGUGUAAGCAGCGAGGAUCUUCCUCGCAUCACUCCGGAAUAUUUCGUGGAGCUCUCCGCUCGCGAUCGUCAGCUUGCGAAAGGCUUGAUUUCGUCGGCAAUGCUCCAGAACCAUCCUCGCUACAGGGAAGAAUUGGAACGAAUGAUCCAAGCCGGCAAACGCGUGGAAAUAGAAGCGCUCUACGCUCACGGCUACAAAUCUUUGAGCGGCUACGUCGCCCAGAAGAUCGUCCAGAUGAGAUACUUUUGAUAGAGAGGAAGUUCUGUCUUGAUAGAGGAAGCUCUGUUUUUAGGGUUCAUGAUAGAGCACGGCCUUUGGAUUUUCCAUGAAUAACUUUGCCCAUCAUCUUA